GCACCGUACUUUGUAGCGCACUCACAGCCCAGCCUGAUAAAUGAUAAGCCACAAUGAGUCAUAGUACUAGAGAAGAGGAAUAUUACAAAAUGGCGGCCAUGAAAACGAACCUAAACAUCGCAGAUUAUGCUGUGAUCUUUUCCAGCUUGAAUUGACGGGAAUGAAAACUUCGAAAUAAGGAUUACUGUGAUCAACAACAGUGCAUUUCACGUGGACAGUGUGUAUAUGUUUGCCGUGCUAUUAUAUAUUAGUAAUAAAGGAAAACGAAACGUAAAAUCUACACGAUGAUAUUACAAUUUACAGUUUAAUAUAUAUUUUCACGUUAUGUCGUAAGUGUUAAACAGCCACACAAGUUUACACCAACAUUUUCAUAUAAUCUGUUUGUUAACGGCAGCUUCGUUUUAGUUGUACAUGUGAUAUUCGUGAAAACAACAUUUACGUCACAACAUCUUCAUGCUUUGACGUUUUUUGUUCUUCCAUCCACCCGUCAUAUGAGAUUUCAAAUUUGUUUAAACACAAACGAACAAGUUUUAAAUUCAUUUAAAACAACGAACAAGUUUGGAAUUCUUUUAAAAAAACACGAAAUAACCACGACGAUAUUGCCAGAGGGGUCUUAUUUCACACAUUGACAAAUAUACACAUGCGUUUACGUCACAUUUUCUGAAGGACGUCGACGUGAACGUGAUGGAGACGGGUGCCAGUAGUGGGGAGCAGAGCCCGCCUUACAGCGACAACGCCGUCGCCGACUGGAACUGGACCACCCACCUGAACACAGAAACCAGUGCGGAUUUAUGCGCCCUUGUGGAGGACAAGGAGAUAGCUGCGCGCGCAGUGGCGUUCGUUGUGAACAGCACGCGUAAAGGGAUUGUACCUUUGUGCGCAGACGUCGCCAAUCUUAUGCGAUCAAAACAAUGCCUCGAGCGGAAGUUGCAGCUGAUACGCCGGGAGAACGCCACUUUCCGGUCCUCGAUGAGCGGCGGCUCUGUGCCCAGCCAUUCCAUGAGUCCCACGCCGCCGUCACUGAGCCUGUACGCCGAGCAGUGCAUUAAGUCGCUGCAGGAACAUAGUCUGCAGAAACAGGACCACUUCCGGUCGAGUUCCCGCUGCAGCAACAGCUCCAGCACCUACAGCUACUCCCCGAAACUCGAGUCCGGACGCUCCACGGUUUACACGUUCUCCCCCCGGGCCGAUAACCCGAGGGUGGGGGCGCUACGACCGCAGGGUGUGCAGCUGUCGCCCGCUAGCAGCAUUGAGAGCCGGAAGCACUCGCCAAGAUUUAUGCGUUCCGCUUUUCACGAGUCGCAUGGUCAGGAAAACGCUAGCACGCGUGUGGAAAGGAAAUCUACAGACGAAACCGACGACAUUGGUGCAGAUAUCGACCUCACGAUUGACAUUGUGAAAGACUUCUCAAGCGAAAUAUUUAAUAACAUCGAAAAGCUAAAUAAACGAACGAGCAUCGCAGCAGAGGAUGCCAAAUCCGGUGACGCCGGAAGUGACAAUAAGGGCGGUACAAGUCAAUCGAACACGAGUCUGCAUUUUGAAAACGAGACUGAAACCGAGAGUGUGACGCGUGACGCAUCGAUGCGAAACAAGAAAGCGAUUGUGAAAGAAGACUUAAAGGGAGACUCGGUUGCGAUGAGUGCGGACUCGAAACCUGGCGCUACUUCCGGCUGCACGGGCGCUCGAGCUCCGGCGGAAAUGACGCUGCUUGAACGACGACGGGUAUCUUUACCUGAGAUCACGGCCAUGCCGAACAUGCGAGCCAUCAAAAUAAGACCCAAACAAUCGAAGGAAAUCCAGUGUUCAUUGGACCAAACGAGCGGAGACCAAUCGCUGGAGGAACGCUUUAUGAAAUCUGUCCGUCUGAACGCUCGUCUGGAGGAUGAACUUCGCGCCGCCCGGAGGCAGAUUGAACAACUCCGCUCCGCCCUCGCAGAUGUGCAGAACAACGAUUCUCUGACCAAGUCUUACGGUCGUGCUGACGACGAGCGUGGUCUCUAUGACAACGGUUACUAUACCAGCAGCAAUCGCACCUCGCGGACUGGCUCCGAGCACGAGAGGAUAAGUUUGUUCCAAAAGCCUUCUGGGGGCAGGGAAGUUGAGGCAGUGGGCCCCGGUCCUGGCGCCCUGCCUCAGUGCAAAUGCAAGGGAUGCCAGGACGCGCUGGGCAGCGACGAGGAUCUAGUUCUCUUCUCAGACCUCAGCGUCGAAGAAUCAAAACGUUAUCCCGUCAACAACAAGCUUGAUGUCAAACUGAACGAUCACGUGACAGUAAAGGGAGGUCACUCCGGCUACAUCCGGUACAUCGGUCACGUGGACAACGCUGACCAAUCGCAUACCGUUUUAGUGGGAUUGGAGCUGGAGACCGCAGAUGGAGACUGCGACGGAACUAGCCUUGGCAAACGAUAUUUCUUCUGCAAAAAGUCCCACGGUCUGUUCUUGCCGCUUGCAGACAUCGUUAGCAAGUCAAAUAAGAAAGUGCAACUGAAAUCACCAAAAGAAGACGGUGUAAAAUCCAAGAAGAUACAAAAGCGCGGUUCGAAGGACGAAAAGUGAAGCAUAUUUUGAGAUGCAAUAAAUUGCACUUCAUAAGAACUAAAUCCUGUAUCCACGUGAUUGCCAAUUGCACUACAAUAGCAGUUGGUUCAAAUGUGACAUUAACUAGGAAAUAAAGCAAUUGUAGUUUCUUUUACUA